GAGCAACACUAUAUAUAGCCCGUACAUUUCAGAGGAUCCACCACCGCUGAAUACUCACUCUGGAAAUUAAACAGUGUUGAAACGCAAGCAGCUGUUAAGAUCCCGGAAGAGGUAAUGGCUGCAUCCUUUGUCCCGGCCAUCAGCAAGGGAGGCGGCGGAAAAUCGAACUCUGCUGGAUUGGUAAUGGAAGAGCUGGUGCCUGAAGCUUUUGCUCCGGCCAUUAGCGACGGAGGCGGUGGUAAGACGCACAAUGCUGAUAACAUCACUGAAGCGCUGGAUUCUAAACCCCCUACUCCGCCCAUUAGCAGCGGAGGCGGUGGCAAGAUUCACCCUCCCGAUAAGGUCCCCAAAGCGCUGGAUUCUAAAUCCAUUACUCCGCCCAUUAGGGGGGGAGACGACAGUAAGGUUCCAGAAGCGCUGAUUUCUGAACUUAUUGAUCCGGACAUUAGCGACGGAGGCGGUGGUAAGACACGCUGCUGAUAAGGUCCCACAAGCGCUGGUGUCUCAAGUUAUUGCUCCAGCCAUUAGCAGCGGAGGCGGUGGCAUAACGCACAUUGUUAAUCUUUAGCUAUUGCUUAUUCUUACACAGAGAUUAGAUCUGAUCUAAAGAAUCGUAAUUAUUAUCAUUUAUCAUCACUAGUGUGAACUUGUAAAUUCAUAAUAAAUCCGUAAUAAAUAUUAUAAUUAAAA